AUGAGGCCUUUAUGGCACAGCGAUAUCAAGGAACUGGAGAUCCUGUUUACCUAUGCUAACACGAAGAAGAGAAAUGGCAAAGUUGUUGGUAACCUGGACUUAUAUACCGGAGGAGGCUCAUUGAUGGUGAUGCCACCUUAUGCAUAUUUCUGCGACCGCGAAAUCAUCGAUCCUGAACCAUACUAA